AUGCCGCCUCGACUUUUGCCACGGCUCUCCCAGCCUACAGCUUCGACUGCGAUUUCGGUCGCCGGAUCACCGAUCCCUUCCUUCCUGCUCCCAUUCCUCCACCUCCAAUCGCGAAACGCAUCAAUCCUAGGUUCGCUCUCCGACCGACCAGGCGCAUAUAACAGACGGAUUCGACGUGGAAGAGGUCCUGCCUCAGGCAACGGUGGGAAGUCAGGUCGUGGUUCCGACGGUCAGAAACAGCAUGGCAAGGUGCCAGAAGGUUUCAAUGGUGGUCAAACACCCGAACAUAUCGUUCAUGGUAAAUAUGGAUUCAAGAAUUCCCACUCCGUUGAAAUGGCACCCAUAAACCUCGACCGGAUACAGGAAUGGAUCGACCAAGGCCGGCUCGCAGCCGACAAACCCAUCACGCUGAGAGAGCUGUCGAAAAGCGGUGCCGUGCGGGGCAUCAGAGACGGAAUCAAACUUCUGGCCAAUGGCGCAGCGAGCUUGAAACAGCCCAUCCACGUCGUUGUCUCGCGAGCAUCGCAGACUGCCAUCGAGGCGGUCGAAGCUCUCGGUGGCACCGUCACCACCCGAUUCUACACACCACAGGCAAUCAAACGAGUUCGAGCGGGCGAAAUGCAUCCCUAUAUCAGCUUGAAAUGGGAUCAGGCAAGUAUCGGCCGUCCCGCUCUGGCCGUGGACGGAGCGGAGGAACUUGUAUCUCGGGUCAAGGCCAUGGGGUUCGAAUACCGCCUACCAGACCCCUCGGCCAGAAAGGACAUCGAGUACUACCGUGACGUGAAGAACAGAGGUUACCUAGCACACACCGUGCCAGAAGGCGAGGACCCAAGCCUGUACUGGAGGCGAGUACUGUCGCCCGAGGCAGUGCAAGCUCUCAAGAAGAAGCGUGGCAUCUCCGGGAAAGCUGGCGCCAUGUCGGCCAAUCAGCUAUGGUAG